AUGAACGGCAUCUGGAGGAGGCUGGCGUCCGUCGCGUGCCGAUCGGGGGGACGCGCCGCGGCGCUCGAGGCGUCCACCGCGGUCGCCUCGCUCAACCCUAGGACCGCCGCGGCGACGCUCGCGCUCCGUCGCGGAUCGUCGGGGUCCGAGCGUUGGCUCGAGGCGCGCGCCGCGGGUGGACUCGGCCGCGGGUUCGCCGCGCGGGGGUUCCGCACCGACGCCGCGCUCGCGUCGGACGCGGACGCGACGGGAGCUUCCGCCGGCGGCGGCAACGUGGACUACUACUCCGUGAAGCCCGCGAAGGGGAAAAACCGAUGGAGGCGCGCCCGGAAGAAGGCUGCGUUCAUCAAGGAACAGGCCCGCGCGCACAGGGAGAACAAGACGGCUCGCGCGGAGGAGAGGGAGGCUGAGCGGCUGCAGCGGUGGAGGGAGCAGGCGGAGGCGGCGCGCGCGUGGAGGGCGAUGAGGGAGGCGGAGGCUGUGAACAGAGCGGAGGCGGCGCUUCGAGAAAUCGUCGGCGGCGGCGGCGACGGGGAUGCGGGGGACGCCGCCCCGGGGGAGACGCGGGCGUGA